GUCUCUUAAAUACCUAGGGUUUUCGGUGGCUUUUUCUUUCGUCUCUGGCGGAAAGAAACAGUGAAAACCUUUUUCUUACCUCUAUCAAGUUGCUGCUAAAAUCCUGACUCCGAAGAAGGAUAAGGCUCCUCCACCUUCCUCCGAGCCCACCAAAUUUGGCAGUGCCAAGCAACCUUCCGUUUUUUCCGAGCGUCUGAGGAUCGCUUAUACUUCCAAUUGAAACGACCAUGAACACACUAAACUUUUAAUCAAAUGCAUGAUUGAACUCAAUAUUUUGUUUAUGAGGAAGUGUGGUAUAGGUUUGAAAGUAUUGGUGAGAGAUGUAUGAAUGUGGUAAAUGAUGUUGGAGUUGUUGUUGUUGUAUGAGGGAACAUUUAAGUUGUUUUGAUCCUCAUCAUUAUUAAAAGACUCUGAAGAUGGUGAAGAAAUUUCUACAUAUUCAUUUCAAAGUAAAUAAAAAGGUAAUGGUGAUGCGUUUUCAUGGUUGAGGGAAAAAAUUUAAUGUGGAUGGACAGUUAGAAGUGGGAUGUUUGUAAAUAUGUGUCAUCACGAUAUUGUCACAGCAGCUUGAGAACAACUAACGAUCUCAUCAUCAUAAUACAUGAUUGUUCAUUUGGAAAAAUUCAUUUUAAAAUGAAAAAGCAAGAAAAAUUGUAAAACUUUACAGAGUUAAGGAGAAAGCAGAACUAUGAAAUUAGGAGAAAUUGGAGUGACAAGUUAUGGAAAGGUAAAUGUUAUAUGGUUAUGCGAGUGACAUGAGAGUUUAUGUAGUCAUGUAGGAGACACAAGACUUUAAGUAGUUAUGUGAGUGAUAUGAGGGCUUAGGUAGUAAUGUGAAUGACACGAUGAGGUUGGGUAGUCAUGUGGCUGAACCAAAAAGUUAUGUUAUCAUGUGUCACACGUAGACUUCGACCGCCCAUGUGAAUUGGUGCAUGAUGGUUUAAGCGUUCGUGUGAGUGAUACAAUAUAUUAGGCAUACAUGUGACUGACAUGCCAACUUAGUCUGUCACCCAUGUAAAUUGUAUGACUACCUAACCUUUUGUGCUACUCAUAUAUGACUACCUAAACUUUUGUCACACUCACAUGACUAUCUGAACUCUCGUAUUACUCACAUGACUACCUACAUUUGUGUCAUUCACAUGGUUACUUAAGUUCUCAUUCUACUCACAUAAUUACCCACUAUUGUGUCAUUCUCAUGACUAUAUAAAACCUUCCUUACCAUAACUUACACCAAUUCCUCGUAACUUCAUACUCACUGCCUUCUCUCUUACAUUGUACAAUUUCAUACUUUUUUCUUGUUUUUUAAUGUAAAAUGGAUUAUUCUAUUGAUGCAAUCAUCUUCAAUGAUGGUUGGAUUGUUAAUUGUCAUCAAACACCAGUUUCUUCCCCAAUGAGAAUGUCAUGAUGAUUAAUUAUGCUUCAGCAAUUCAAAAAAAGCUUCUACAAAAAUCUUGUUGACCGGCAUUUGAACAAGCGUCCACGAUCAUAUACAGAUACUCCAUUCAAAUUUAUGUCGGAGAUGCAUACUACAUUGCAAAUAGGCUUCAAGACGAUUAAUAUUUAAAAGGGCUCAUCGACAUUAAAAUGCAAAACCCAACGUUGGCCGACACUGAGUUAUGCACAAGCUACUAUAGAUGUAUCCCUCCCAUUUAUCCUACUCAAUUUUCAUAAUCUCUCACGGAGAACACAUUUUUCCUUUCUAACACCAUCACACUCACACAUAAUCCACACCACAAACCUUUGAUUUAAACAACACAUAUUUAGGGCUUUGAGAAACUAAUGUACAAUCUUGCACCCAGUUUCUAACUAGUCCAUUCGGAUAAAAUGUUUUUCCCUCGUCCAUGCAAACACAUCAUUACUUUCUUGAUUGCCUGAAAAUGACUGUAGGAAUUCUUUCAACAUCUUUAAAAUCUUUUAGUGAUGAUGAGAAUGACAUCCUCGCAGAACAUGCAUAUGAGAUGAGGAUGACAACAAUUUAGACGUCCUCCUCAUACAACAACACGACCCCAACACCAUUUUUUGCAUUUUCACAUCCCUUUGAAACAAUUUCAAACAUAUACUCCACUUCAUCAUGAACAAAAUACUAAGUUCGGUCAUGCAUUUGACCAUGAGUCGAUGAAACAUCCACUUGGAACAUUAUUCAAGGGAAUGUGGCUCCUAAACAAAGAACAUGUCAACGCGCUCAACAGGUUCCUCAUAAUGAACCACUGUAUCCACACGGUCAUGUAUUCCCAUAUUGCACUCUAGAGAACAAUGUUGGGAUAUUCAAAAGAUUUAAAAGAUAAUAGGAGUCCACACCAACAAACAUCGGAAAACAUGAAUGCAUCAGAAGGACUACAAAGAGAAGAGAAUGACAGUGAACAUCGAGUGAGCGAAGGAAUUGGGGGUGUAGAGGAGGAUAUAAGAACGAAGAAGUGAAGAGCAGUGAAUGAAAAGUGGUUAGUAAGUCGAAAUUCGAUAAACAUUAAUCAUUGCUUACCAACCUUAUUUACUGAGGAAUAUUUUGGGGAGUUGGAGGUGCAGGGAGAACCCUCCACUAUCUUUCACCCAAAAGCCCAAAAACAUUCAUUGGGCUUUAUUAGACCAAACACCAACUGGGCCUUUUUGAAUAGUCCUAAUCGAAAAAAAUAUCUUCUCAUUAUUCGCCGAUUCUCUUUGACCUUCAUUUCACAACGGUUGAUCCAUUGAUGAGUUUUUAUUCUUAUUUUUCAUUUAGUUUUUUCUCUGUUUUAUGAAUGUAAGUUCUCUUGUAGAGUUAGUUUGCACUGCAGAUGGAGGGUAGGUUUGCUGAAGAGCUUUAUGCUGAAAGUUUAGAUCUGUCCAAAUUAGAACUCAUGUCGACCAUUGCUGUUGAUGAAAAAGAUAAGUUAAACGAUCGUGGUGGUGGUGAUGAUUUGAGUUUCUGGGAUGAUUCUGAUGACAAGUUGGAUAGUUCGUUGGAUUUGGACAGGGAGUGGCAGAGGAGGCACGACCAAUUCCAUACGAUUGGAUAUCGAGAUGGUCUUAUAGCUGGGAAGGAAGCUUCUGCUCAAGAGGGGUUCAAUUUUGGUUUUAAGCAAUCGGUUAUUGAUGGUUACAGUUGGGGUGUCGUAAGAGGUGUUACCAGUGCUUUUUCUCAUCUUCCACUUCAAUUAAAGGAGAGGUUGAUUCCAACACAAGAAAAGAGGAACGAAUUCCAAGGGCUGUAUAAAUCUGUGCAUUCUUUGUCAACACCAGAUGCCCUUGGAUUGUUUAGUGAAGAAAUGAAAGCACGAGAAGCUUUUGAAGAUAGUGAACAAUCAGAAGUUAGCCAUGACACAGCAGGUUUGCAAGAACAAUCUUCCUAUGGCUCUCAACUGAGAAAUUAUCGUGGACAACUUCAAUCUCUGAUUGGUGAAUCUUUGGCCGUUGGUAUUCAUUUGACCUGAACCAAAAUAAAUGGUGAUCUCUGUAUAUUUGGGAGGCAUAAUCAUAGAAUGAUAAGAGGUUCUUGUGGUACGCAUUUUCCAACUGGAUCGUAAAAACAGAUCAAUUGAUGUAAUUGUUUAG